AUGCAAAAAUUGUUGGAUCCAGAGCCAAUUGAGCAUCCUCUUCCGAUCUAUCGCCGUCCCAUUCCACAUCCAGCUGCCAAGGAGCACAAAAGGACAGCAUCAGAGAUCUUUACUGAGACAAAGGCAUUGUUGGCUAGUUAUGAAUCUUUUCAGAAGAAAAUUCGGGAAGCAAUUCAGAUUUCUAUGGAGAGACCAGAACGGGUGGUUGUACAAGGCCCAGCCCAGCCUACGGUACAUAAACCAAUUCGUGCCUCCGUCCUGAAAUCAACUCCAAUAUCACCACAGGAAGUUGUUCGCCUCUCUCCGCCCAAGGAGGUUGACAAGGAAUCUAAUAAGGUGAUUGAUAAUGUAUCUGAUAAGGUGUCUGUUCAGGACUCUGCUGAGACAUCACAGCAAUCAACAGUGUCAUCUAAGUCAUAUGAUGAGCCAGGAAUAUUCACAAGUAUGUGGUAUAGGAUUAUAGGAUUGUGCUGCUGCAUAAGCACAAUAGAAAACGAGAUCACGUACACAACGGAUGAAUAA